UAAUGCCCCAACAUGGCCUCAUCUCCCAACAUAGCUGCGGACAUUGUCAUUGCGUGCAUAUGUGGGACUUUGAUCCUGUCACGAUGUGUGUAUCGCAUAUAUCACCGGUGCAAAGGCCAUGCAGGGUCUCAUCGACUCUGGCAUGGUGAUGAUAUCUUCAUGGCCGUUGCACUACUCCCGCUCGUAACACGAACGAUCUGUAUUUCACUGUCUUUUUCGCUUAAUCCCUCCCAUAUUCGAGAGCCUCCGACCGAGAGAGAGGCUUCAGCCGAGAAAACAACUCUCGAGACGCUUCGGCAUGACCGGAUUCUUGGACUCCAGCUACUCAUUGGUGCGCGAUUGGGCUAUGCGCUUUUUCUUUGGUGCUUAAAGGCUGCACUUCUUUCAUUUUACUCUCGUUUCGUUCAGAUGGUGGCCUGGAGCAAGAUCGUAGUCACGGCACUAUGGUGGGUUUUGUCUGCUUCUGCUGUAAUAGUCAUUAUCGCAAUUACAGCCGAGUGCCCAGAGCCAACCUGUGCAGAUGGCAUGGUGUACUUUAUCGCUAUGGCAGUUUGCAACAUCACAACUGACAUUGCACUUCUCAUCUUGCCAUUUCCAACACUGGCUGUCGUUAGACUGAAUCUGAAGACUAAAAUCCAGCUCGCUGUCCUAUUCAGUAUCGGCAUUCUACUAAUCGCAAUCACUAUUGCACGUGUACCGUUAACUUUACAAGAUUCUAUGUCCCAAAGUUCUCGAUCCACUUGGGCCACAAUCGAGAUCUUAUGUAGCUGCAUAGUUGCGAAUACGCCAUUCUUCUACGGGAUUAUACGAGAACUUCAAUCAUCACUACCGCUUGCCCGUGCAUCUUCACACUUUCUUUUCUCAUCUCCUGUGACCCUGAAUAAUUCCAGAUGCAGGUACGAUUGA